CCUCUAAAAUGUUAUAAAUUUGCAAUACAAAUUACCUUGCAAUUCACUUCAGACUUUCAUUUGUUAAAGAAAUUUCGUGGUGUGUAGCUUCCAAAAGAAAAUGGGAGAAGAAAUUGUAUUUAUCACUGGAACAUCCCAUGGCCUUGGUCUUUCGACCGCUGAGAUGCUGGCAAAGCAAACAAAGAGGAAAUUUAAAGUAUAUGCAUCAAUGAGAAAUACGAGUAAGAAAGGUGAACUCGUAAAGAAAACUGCGGGUUGUAGCAAUCUUAUUGUAAUCGAGGUGGAUGUUUGUUCAGAAGCUUCUGUCAACGCUGCUGUUAAACAAAUUCUGGAAAAGGAGGGAAGAAUCGAUUUUGUUGUGAACAACGCGGCUGUUGCCUGGUGUGGUCCCCUUGAAGUGCAACCUUGGGAAACUAUCACAAACCUAUACGAAACAAACUUCUUUGGCCCAUUGCGGGUCAUCCGUGCUGUUGUUCCGUCUAUGAAGAAAAACAAGAAAGGCCGCAUCAUCAACAUCAGCUCAGUUUCAGCAUUACAUGCUUUUCCGUUCAUCACGGUGUAUGCCUCAACAAAAUGUGCUUUGGAAGGAAUUACAGAUUCCCUGGCGCCUGAGCUUGCAGUGUUUAAUGUUCAUAUUUCAACCGUUAUACCAGGUGCUAUAGCAACAGGCGGCGACUUUAAGUUCUACAGUGGAGAUUUAAAAGCAGAUGAUCCAACGAAAGUGCUCGGGGAAAAAUUUUUUGCAAACACUCAAAAAAUGGCGUCUCAAGCUCAAUCUCCCGCAGAAGUGGCCGAGUAUAUCCUGAAAGCGAUGACAGACGAAAAACCGCAGCCGCAUUACAUCACCAAUAAAGGAUUUGAAGAAGGAUUUGGCAAAGCAAAAUUUUGUGAUCUAACUGGAAGAAUUCCUUUUGAAAUGAGCAAGAGCUUUUUAGCAUAAUUCAUUGUUACAUGCAUUACUGUUGUAAUUAGUGCCGAAUAAAUCUUACAUUUAACCUUG